GCGGACGUAGAUCAGGCCAAGCAGGACGGCGCCUCCCCGCUUUACAUCGCCUGCCAGAACGGCCACGUGGGCGUCGUCCGAUACCUGCUUCGCGAGUCCCCUCGCCAGCCGGACAGAGACCAAGCCAACAGCAACCAGGCCACGCCCCUCUUCAUCGCCUCGCAGAAAGGCCACGACGCCAUCGUCGAGCUCCUCCUGCGGGGCCCAGGUCCCGCAGACGUAAACAAGCCGCUCAAGAGCGGUGCGACGCCCCUCUACAUCGCAUCAUUGAAAGGCCAUGGCGGCGUCGUUCAACGCCUCCACGCCAGCGGUGCUUGCUUGAAUUCAACUCCCAAGCACGGAGCCACCGCAGUUUCUGCGGCUGUCCAGAACGACCACACGGAGGUUCUGGAAAUCCUCAUCCAGAUGAAAGCCGAUGUGCGCAAAGCGAACUGCGAGCAAAUGACUCCUUUGCACUUUGCCGCCCGAGAGGGCAAACUGGAGAUGGCAAAGCUUCUCAUCCAGGUCCGG